AUGGACCUGAUGGAAACCUACGACAAGCGCAUCUGGCGCUGCGACAUCAUCGGCAAAUCAAGCGAAAUGAUUGGAAUCAAGAGCCAGGACGACGACAGCAGCUUCAACUUCUGCACGACUGUGCACAAAGAGCUUCUCUGCUUUUACUCGCCUUACUACACUGCUGCCAUGAAAGGUGGCUUCUCUGAGCGUCACAAGGACAUAUUUACUCUCGAGCUCAGUGGCAAGCAAACAAAAAUGUUCGUAAAGUGGCUCUACACAGGAUGCCUCGAGUGCUACGCAUGGAGAGAGGACGAUAACAACGACGCCUAUGCCCUCUAUGUGUUUGCCGACCAGACGGACAUCAUCGCUCUUCGCAGAACCGUCAUGACUUGCCUGGCCACAUGUCUUCGCAGACCCGCGACUCCUGGUGAAAUGGCAAGACUUGUCUCUCAAUUCCCCGAACACUCUGGCCUCAGACGUUUCUUGCUGGACGAAGCCAUAGCCGAUCGAAAGUUCCAAGAACGCGAGAACAAGGUGGUUGCUUGGGAUUGGAAGAAGCGUGGAUACCUUCCAGAGGACUUUCCUGAAGACUUUUAUGCCCAACUUGUCAUUGGACAUGUCAAGAAAAAGAGAUGGAGCUUCGGUUCUUCAACAAGCAACCCCUGCCACUACCAUGAACACGAGGACGGAGAGGAGUUCAGUUUGAGUAAGUAA